AGUCCGGCGGCCCCGCCUCCGUGCGCUGGUCUCCUCUCUCCCAUGGAGCGCUCGGGGACUCUGGUCUCUGCCGCUAUGUGUCGAGCCCUUCAUCGACACUGAACUUGCACGGAGGUGUUUUCGCUCCACUUUAGAGCUCGGACUUAGAAAAAAUAAUGAAGAGUCCUCAAGCGUUGGUGUAUGUGUUGGCCAGUUCUAGAUCUUGAAGAAGUUGUGCACUGAGGACGGUCAAAGCAGCAACCUUUGGCAAUUAAGGAAUGGACCGUUUGGGUUCCUUUAGCAAUGAUCCCUCUGAUAAGCCACCUUGCAGAGGCUGCUCCUCCUACCUCAUGGAACCUUACAUUAAGUGUGCUGAAUGUGGGCCACCUCCUUUUUUUCUUUGCUUGCAGUGUUUUACUCGAGGAUUUGAGUACAAGAAACAUCAAAGCGAUCAUACUUACGAAAUAAUGACUUCAGACUUUCCUGUUCUUGACCCCAGCUGGACUGCUCAAGAAGAGAUGGCCCUUUUAGAAGCUGUGAUGGACUGUGGCUUUGGAAAUUGGCAGGAUGUAGCCAAUCAGAUGUGCACCAAGACCAAGGAGGAAUGUGAAAAGCACUACAUGAAGCAUUUCAUCAAUAACCCUCUGUUUGCUUCUACCCUGCUAAACCUGAAACAAGCAGAGGAGGCAAAGACUGCUGACACAGCCAUUCCAUUUCACUCUACAGAUGACCCUCCCCGACCUACCUUUGACUCCUUGCUUUCUCGAGACAUGGCAGGAUACAUGCCAGCUCGAGCAGAUUUCAUUGAGGAAUUUGACAAUUAUGCAGAAUGGGACUUGAGAGACAUUGAUUUUGUUGAAGAUGACUCGGACAUUUUACAUGCUCUGAAGAUGGCUGUGGUAGAUAUCUAUCAUUCCCGGCUAAAGGAGAGACAGAGACGGAAAAAAAUUAUAAGAGAUCAUGGAUUAAUCAACCUUAGGAAAUUUCAAUUAAUGGAAAGGCGGUAUCCCAAGGAAGUCCAAGACCUUUAUGAAACAAUGAGGCGAUUUGCAAGAAUUGUGGGGCCAGUGGAACAUGACAAAUUCAUUGAAAGCCAUGCACUGGAAUUUGAACUCCGAAGGGAAAUCAAGAGACUUCAGGAAUAUAGGACAGCAGGCAUUACCAAUUUUUGUAGUGCCAGGACAUAUGAUCACCUAAAGAAGACACGAGAGGAGGAGCGCCUUAAACGCACCAUGCUCUCUGAGGUUCUCCAGUAUAUCCAGGACAGCAGUGCAUGCCAGCAGUGGCUCCGCCGGCAAGCUGACAUUGAUUCUGGAGUGAGUCCUUCCAUUCCAAUGGCUUCAAAUUCAGGUAGACGGAGUGCACCACCCUUGAACCUUACUGGCCUGCCUGGCACGGAGAAGCUGAAUGAAAAAGAAAAGGAGCUCUGUCAGAUGGUGAGGUUGGUCCCUGGAGCCUAUUUAGAAUACAAAUCUGCUCUACUGAAUGAAUGUAACAAGCAAGGAGGCUUGAGACUGGCACAGGCAAGAGCACUCAUCAAGAUAGAUGUGAACAAGACCCGGAAAAUCUAUGAUUUCCUCAUCCGAGAAGGAUACAUCACUAAAGCUUGAGGUUAUAAGGCCCUUGGAUCCCACGUCUGAACUUUGGAAUGUGGUGGGUCAGAGGACAGUACACACAUUCUGGAGAGUUGUUUUUGAGCUGAAUUCUCAUUAUAAAGGAGACAAAGGAAAUCUUACGGUGUAUUAAUAACUACUUUCUUCUCUACCCUGCUUUAAAGCACUUCUGUUGUUGGUAUUGUGCUGUGGAUUGUGUGCUAGAUAAGCUAUUAUUAAAUGUGAGUGGGCAUUCAUUCCUAACACUUCUUGUAACUAAAACAAGAACCAUAGUACCUCACAUCACAGUGUUGGUAGAAAUAGAACCAAACCAACCACAGUGCUUCGUCCCAGGAGUCCAGCUCAUCCUUGCGCUUGAGGGCGAAGUUUGGUCAUUAUCUGUUUUGCCUUCAAACAUUGCAGAUUUAAAAUAAAGACAGAGGUUUUAGAGCAUGAGAAAGCCUUCUUUUCUAUUUUUUUUUUUUUUUAAGCUGACCAUUUAUGAGCAAAGAAGAGGAAAAUCUCUCCAUGAUGGUCUUGUCCCAAACUGCAUCUUAAAUGCCUGGCUUGUACUUUGCAGUCUGGGUGUCUGAUCUAUAGUAGACUUUUGAGGCAGUAGCAUCGGAUAUAAAAUGUCUCUGUCAUUUUUAUUUUUUAUUUUUAUUUGGUACAAGGGAUCGAACUCAGGACCUUGCAGUUGCCAGCCAGGCGACAGCAUCACUGAGCUAAAUCCCCAGCCCCAUCUCUGUUAUUUUUAGAAUUAAUGGAUUAAAAUGUGUUGCUAUUUAAUUUGUGGGUGUGUCACAUAGUCUGGUAAAUAAGCACACUUAGGGUGUUGGAUGCCUGCCCCAUCACGCUGCACCAUCUCUGCUAACAUGUGUGUCCUGGGCUUACCCUGUUCUUACCCCAGGUUUCCCAGGAUACCAGGUCCCUGAGGAUGGAGAUGAUGCAACUCCUUUCAGCUUUGCUUGGAUUGAGACCUGAACCCUAAUUUCUCAGUGGUAAAAGGCUAGCCUGCAAUAAAAGCUGCUUCUAAAACACAAGUAAAGCAGCUUCAUGUAUUAGACUCACUAGAUGUGAGGGUGAGUAGCCCCACCACAUCUAAAAACACGCCUCAAACUUUUCUGCAGACCAACAAGCCAAACUCAUAAUCAUGGUUAUCUCAUUUCUGUUAGAAGCAAAAUUGUAUAUAGAAAUAACUUCCCCAGAGCUGGGCAUAGUGUUGCACGCCUAUAAGCCCAGCAGUCGGGGAGGCUGAGGCAGGAGGAUCAUUGCAAGUUUGGGGCCAGCCUGGGCUACAUAGUGAGUUCAAAGCCAGCCUGAACUACAUAGUGAGACCCUGUCUCAAGAAAACCAAACAAAAACAGCUUACUUCAUCAGAAUCUGCACAGAUCACCUCCAAUAGCUGACCGAUUCCUUAAUUCCUUUAAUAGUCAAACAGCUAAUUAGUAUGUACUUUGUUGGUAGCAUCUGCUCAAACUCUGACUGAUGUAAAUGUGUACAGCUUGCUAGUAGCUAUCACUAGGAGAGGAAAAGGACACGCUCAGGAUCUGAGGGAAUUCAAAUAGAAGACUUUGGUUGUUAACAAGGGAAGGCUGCUGGAAAUGGUCUUUGUUUGCAUCAUAAUAUCUCAGAAAACUGCAUCACCACCAUCAACAUUUGGUGGUUGUGAAGGAUUUGCCUCUUAUCUGUGAGAUGUCAUUCCUGUUGUGAGAAUUUGGGGUAUGAGAGGUGUUGGUGUCAGGUGAUGUUUGUUGUAGUUUGAAGAGCCUUUCUAUUGAUUAAGGAGGGCUUCCUGGGAGAGGUGGGCUUUUGAGGCAGUAAGAUUGAGAAAGAAAAAUGGCAGAUGGAGGUGGGAGACUGUUCCAGACGUAGGGGUGGAGGAUGAUGUGGGGGCAGCAGUGGGAGUAAGGAAAAUGGUACCAAGAGAUGUACUGGGCUAGAACACAGGCAGCUGUGGGAGCUAGGAGUGGGAGGGUGGCAGGACAGGCUGGCAGAAACCUUAGAACUGACUGACUGCUGAAAAUUAGGUGGAGACCAAUAGAUUUGAUAAGGAAAAUGGCAUUGUUGAAAAUAAUGACAGGGCUAGGCAUGGUGGUGCACACCUGUAAUCCUAGCACUCCGGACGCUGAGGCAGGAGUGUUGCCAUGAGUUCAAGGCAAGCCUGAACUACAUAGCAAAAGCCUGUUUAAAAAAAAAAAAAAAAAAUGACAGGAAAGCAAAGCUAUAAUUACAAAUCCCAGACUUUAAAGUAGGAUUGGGCCAGAAAUGUGGCUCAGCAGCACAGCACCUGUGUUGCAAGUGCAAGGCCCUGAGUUCGAUUCCCAGUACCCAAAAAAAAAGGGUUAUUAUUGCUUUGGUAAGCUGAACUUUGCAAAAUUUAAGAUGUUUUUCUGAGUUUCUCGAAGGUUUCACCAUAUUUUGUGUGAUGAGUACUCUUGAAAGGAGUCACCGAGUUCCUGUCUUUGUGUUAAUAAUAGAAAGCACUUACUGGUACUUUUGAUGUAGCUGUCUUUAAUACAUUAUUUCCUUCCAUGUUCUUAUCACCUGGACUUGGCCACUUUUUUUUUUCUUUUUGGUUUUUUUGAGACAUAGUCUCACUAUGUAGUUCAGGCUGGACUCCCAACUUUCAGUGAUCCUUCUACCUCAGCCUCCUGAGUGCUGGAAUUACAGGUGUGCACCACCACGCCCCACAAGGCCAUUUCUUUUUCUUUUUCUUUUUUUUUUAAAUUUUAUUUUAUCCCAUUCUCCCCAUGGCCAUUUCUUACACUGUACUAAAAAAAACAGCACAACACUAGAAGAAGUCUUUCUAGGAACAUUGCAUCCUUCUCCUUUCCUUCUGGACAGGGUUGGCCAUAAAUGAGCUACACUGAUAAAUGACUCUCCUGGUCCAGGUCAGCUCAGAAGAGGGAAAGUUAACACUGAAACUCAGUGAUAUGAAUAAAGACUCGUUAGUGUUAAAAUUUUUUUGUUGUUGCAGUUUAACACUAAAGGUUUCUGGUGGAGUUUUCUACAUACCCUUCUCACCCAGUGGUGGGAAACAGAAACAGAUCCUUUCCCAUAUAAUAACUCCUGUACUCCAAGACCAGGACUAAAGGAUGAGCAUGUAGCUCAGUAGAGCUCUUGCUUUGCUUCUAUGGCGACCUGGGUUCAAUCCCCAACACUAACAGAAAAUAAAUCUCAGGCUGGGGAUUUAGCUUAGUGGUUCUAGUGCCUGCCUCACAAGCACAAGGUCCCGAGUUUGAUCCCUGGUACCAAAAAAAAAAAAAAAAAGAAAAGAAAUCUCUCUUGGGACCAAUUAAUAUGAACUGUUUACAGGUUACCUUUUCCUGGGUUCCAGUGCCCAUCCUUUCCUUGUUUGCUCUUUUUUAAAAUCUGAACUCAGUUAAACAACCAGUCAUUGAAAUCUUCCGUAGCUAGUGGGUUAACUGGAAAAGGGGGAAGACCAAUGGUGUUCAUCAUUGACAACAAAAUCCCAGUUGGUAAGUCAUCCUGACUCCAGGAAAUAUGUAGACAGGUAGUAAGAGAACUGAAAUCUCCACUGUGAAGAGUCAGACCCAAAUCACACAUUACAGCUUGGGAAAACUCAUUCAUAUUUACCUUCAGAAAAGCAAAACAAAAAACACUUUUCCACCCAUCUCUAAGCAGGAGAGUGGAUUUGUGUUUUAAACAGUAUUUGGGAACCCAUGCAUUUUUAAGUAUGUCUUGGGGAUGCUUUCCAGAUAUACACUGCAUUAUUGUGGACAGCAUAAAAGAAUUUCUACAAGUUGUAUGUACCUGGAUUUUAUUUGUUUGAAUUUUACUGAUCUGGAAGCUUUAGUUUCCUUUUCAAUGUGCUUAGCUGGAUGCAGCUAACCUCUCCCACAUCUGUCAAAAAGGACUGUCUGUGAUACAGUGGGACACAGCCCUAUCUGUAUCCUUGUGUAGAAGUGGUGAACCAGCUAAGAUCAGAAGUCUCUCUUUAUGGGCCAGGGACUUAGCUCAGUGGUUCCGCCACCUGCCUCGAAAGUGCAAGGUCCUAAAUUCGAUUCCCAGUACCAAAAAAAAAAGCUUCUCUUUCAUAGGACACAAUAGCCAGCCCUUCUGGGUGAAACUGAACAGGAUCUCAAUCAUAGCCGUGCUGGCAAAAAACUUAAGAGUGAGAACAAUAGUGAAGAGCAUUCAACUAAGAAAUUUUGGAGCCUAAGUACCUAUCCUGGAAAUACCUAUCAGAACAGAAGUGAUAGCAUGCUCCAGUGAGGGCACAAGUGAAUUGUAUGUAAGAGGCUUGUGAGCCAGCUUUCCAUAUCUAGUGACAGGGAGUUCUUUUUCUCUUCAUUGUUUGCCUCCUCUCCUGGCUUCCAGCAGUUGAGGUGUUCUGCAAUGAAAGUACAGCAACUACCCUUUGAUUUGAUUGACCAAGCUUACAGAUCAGAGCCAUAGAUAUUUGAGGCAAGGAAAUAUGAGUGUUUUGUAUCUGACAUUAAAGUUCCUUUGUCAUCUGGCCGUGGUGGUGCAUGCCUGUAAUCCUAGCAUGUGGGAGGUUGAGGCAGGAGGAUCAUUGCCAGUUUGAGGCCAGCCUGGACCAUGUAACGAGAUCUUGUCUCAAAAAACAGAAAAAGUCCCUUUGUCACAAUGAGUUACUUUGAUAGGCAUAAUGCACUGGGUCCCCUCACCUGUUAAGACCAGGAAUAAAUUGGAUCCAAGUAGAUCCAAAUGUAGCACAUGGCAGCAAUCUCAGUACUCUGGAAGGCUGAGGCAGUAGGAUUUCAAGUUCAAGGGCAAACCUAGAUUAUGUAGUAAGCCCUUGUUCAAAAAAAACCAAAAUAAAGUGACUAAAAGGUUUAGAACCCAAAACAGCCAGGUGUGGUUUCACACACCUGUGAUCCCAGCACUAAGGAGACUGAGACAGGAGGAUCACCGUGAGACCAAGGCCAGUCUGGUCUACAUAGUUCAAGGAGAGCCUGAACUACAUACCAAGAAACCAAGGGGAAAAAACCAAAACAAAAUUCCAUUCAGCUGAGUGCAGUUGCAUGUCACUUGGGAGGCUGAGGCAGGAGGAUCACUGAGUUCACUGUAGACCUCUGGAAGUGACUGUAUUUGCCUUUGUCUUUGAAACCACUAUGGUUAAACCUUGACAGCUCAGACUUGUUCUUUUAGGGCUGGAUAACUGAAUCUGAUGCACUUAAUGUUCUACUUAGAAGCAGAGGGGAUGGAUUUCUGUGGCACCAGGCUAAUAAUCAUUGAUGUAAUCUCACAUUCUUAACCAACAGUCCUUUUUCUCAUCUUGUACAGGUUACCCUGUAGUCCAAUUGUGGUUAAAACAAACAACUUCCAGAUGACUAAAAAUCCUACCUCGGGUCAGUUACAUUCAGCAGAAAAUCAGCAUCUCAGAAAAUGUGGAAAGAUGACUUCCCAGUUGUUUUAAGAAACCAGCCAGGUGGGGCCGGGGAUUUAGCUCAAUGGUUUCACCCCCUACCUCGAAAGCACAAGGUCCUGAGUUCGAUCCCGGUACAAAAAAACAAAAACAAAAACACCAACCCUUUCUUAAAACAAACACUCUGAAAUGCUAUUGUUUUAUUCAGUAACUGAGAGCUAAAUUCCAAUUCAUGACAUUUCCAGUGCAUCUCUCUCCUCCUUGGGGAGCUAAAUGUAACUCACAUUUUUAAAAUUGUUUGCAAUGACCCUAGCCUUUCAUUUCCCCCAUUGAACAGGAGAAACUGUGAACUUAGGCUCCCCUCCCAUGAUCACUAUUUAGGGAAUUCCUUUAAAACACAACUAUUUUAAGAAAUAAGUCAUGGAUCCUAGGCUAUAGAACUUCAUUUCUAAUGUGUAUAAUCAUCCCCUAUAAGAAAUCUGAUUUUUCCCCCCAGUUUCUAAUCUUAGGAAGUUGUCAAGUAUGAAAUAAUUUCCAGGUAAUUUAGUAAUUUUUCCCCUCAAAAAAAUUAUUGAAAAGGAGUGAGGGCGAGCAUAGUGCAGCCUGCCUGUAAUUCUAGCACUCAGGAGGCUGAGGCAGGAGGAUCUCUGAGAGUUUGAGGCCAGUCUGGGAAACAGUGAGUUCAAGUCUAGUCUGAGCUUCGUAACAAGGCCCUGUCACAUACACCAAAAAAAGUGAAAAGUUCAGAAAUGCCUUGAAGACACUGGCUGCCAAGUACCAAGGGCCUUGGAUGGGUGGACUGAUUUGAACUUUCAGCAGCAGAGGGGACCAGCAGUAUUGAACCCUGAUAUCCUGGGAGUUUGCUGUUUGUGUUGGAGAGAUGGGAAACAAAUUUUCCACCUGUUUCUUUUAGGACCCCCCUUUUUUGUGGCACUGGAGAUCAAACUUCCACUGAACUAUGUCAUUUAUUCAUUUUUUUGAAGACUGUCUCUGAGUUGCCCAGUCUAGCCUCAAACUUUCAGUCCUCUUGCCUCAACCUCCUGCCUAACUGGGAUUGUAGAUGUGCACUCUGCCUUCCUGCUAGGAUCCUCUUUUUAACCACUGGCAAGCUGCAGCAGAUGAAAUCGUGGGAGGGAGGGGUAAACAUGCUCCAGCCACAGAUAGCUAUCAGUAAUGUCAACAUUACCUGGCUUUCUACUGUAAAAAAAAUCCUUUGCCUUGUUUUGGGUAUGCUUAGCUUCAUAUUCAGGACACGUGUCAGUGAAGUCAGGGGAUGGAUUUUUAACUUCAUAAUGCAAAGCAAAAAAGAUAUUGAGUGCACAGUCUCCUAGGAGUGCCUCCACCCCAGCAACUGCAGAAAAGGCGUUUGUGGGAGAAGAGGGUGGCUAUAGACACAUUACAUCAUCCAGAUCCCAGCUGUGACCUGGCUCAGAGUUUUCUAGUUAAAAAUAACCAUGGCUUUAGACUUGAGGGGAAAAGUAAACUGCUGUGGUCUCCAUGGAAACUGGGAGGGGGCGGGAAAGGCAGGCCUAGGAUGGCCAGCACAAGCGGCAAGAUGGAAUGAUGCAUGUAGGGCCCACAGAUGAAAAGUGAUACCUCUAAUUGGCAUUUAGGAUGUAGCCAGACACUGCCCCAGGGCACUCUGGAAGGAGGCUAUGUUUACCAGCAAGUAAAUAUCUUGACUAGUGAAGAAUUAUUUGAGCUUCUGACUUUCUGUGACAGAUUUGCUACUAUUUGGCGAAGCAGAGAACAUAGGAGCAACACAAGAAGAUGUACUAUCUGGGAACCUCUGCUCCCCUUCCAUUCACAUUCCACUCCUGCAUUUGCAUAUUCACCGAAUUGAGAUGAUAACCAGAUACAUUUCAUAACCCAAAGAGAAGCCUUCCAAGCUUUGGGGCUGAUGUGCAUAUUUACUUCCCUUUAGUAGGAUCAGGUCUUUCCUCUUUGGUGUUGUAGAAAAUUAUGUAAAGCAGCAUUAAUUACCUUGAGUGUCUAUGUAAAAGUAUGUCUCUUAACCAUUUAUAGUAUUUUGGUUUUAGGUUGCGAGGCAGACAGCGGAACAACUGAGCUAAAUCCCCGGCCCUGUUUUAGGUUUUUUUGAGAUAGGGUCUCCCCAUGCAGUGCAAGCUGGCCCUGAAUUCACCAUGUAGCCCAGUCUGGCCUUGAACUCUCAGCAAUCCUGUUUAGCCUCUCGAGUGCUGAGAUUACAGGUGUGCACCACCAGGCCUGGCUCAUUUGUCAUACUGUUAACCAACAUAGAUAGUUAACUUUUGGGGGAAAAUAUUUUACUUCUUCAUUCCGCCUUUUUUUCUUCAAAAAGAUUUAUUUUUUUGGUACACAGGUCAAACUCACGACCUGUGCUUGUGCACAUUGCUACUGAGCUAAAUCCCCGGCCCUCUUCAAAAAGAUUUUUAAAAUCACUUUUUUCCUUUCAAGAAGUACUUGAAUACAUUCUAAAAAAAAAAAAAAAAAAAAAAAUUAACACCCAGAACCUUUGCUCUAAGCUAUGUCCCCAGGCCUUUUAAGAUUUAUGUAUUAUUAUUUUUAAGACAGUCUUGCUACGUUACCAAGUUGCCCAGGCUGGGCUUGAAAUUGUGAUCUUCCUGUCUCAGCCUCCCAGACUGUUGGCAUUACAGGCAUGUGCCACCACACCUGGCUUCUAACACUUUCUUUUUAAAUGAGUGCAGGGCUGGGGAUUUAGCUCAGUGGUUUUGCCGCUGCAGGCCCAAGGACCCGUGUUCGAUCUCCAGUACCAAAAAAAAAAAAUGAGUGAAAAUAACUGAAGAUGAAGUAAGAAUUUCUUUUUACAUUAUAGCCUUCUAUAGAUAAAUGCUUUCUUCUUUACUUGCCUGGUAUAUUAGAAAGAUCUGAACACUAAUAAUCCUUGCUCUGGUAUUUAAUAAUAAUGCAACUUUACACACUGUUAAGUUUCUAACCCUUCAUGUCCUUUGGUUGAUAAUGUCCACCUGACUAGAUUUGGUGAAGAUUAUAGAUGGGAUAAGAUAUAUAACACACCUGGUGUGCCUCUUCUUUUUUUUCUUUUCCCAUUGAGUCUUUGAUAGUUUUAACUCCAAUGAGCUGUGAACAAGCGCAUGACUUGCUUGUACCAUAUAGUUCACGUCAUGCUAAAGUUAAACAGAGGGACACAAAAAUCUGAAAGACUUAAAUGUUAAAACAGGCCUUCUGCAAGGAUUUUUUUUAAACCUUGGAAUUCUCUUCACUGCAUCAUUGCUGUAUCUAUUGAAUUAAGGGGAGACAAUUCCAGAGAUGGAUUUUAAAUUACCUAGUUACUCUGGACAUGUUGUAAUGUUCCCUUAUAUAAUGCCUAGCUAAAAAAACUUUUUGGGUUACAAAAUUAUACGUAGAGGGCCAGGGAUUUAGCUCAGUGGUUGUGCCGCCUGCUGUGCAAGUGCAAGGACCGAGUUCGAUCCCCGGUACCAAAAAAAAAACCAAAAACAAAAUUAUAUGUACACUAUGAAUAUGAUUGUGUAAAGAAUAAAAACUUUUGCAUAGAAAAGACUAAUCCAGAUGCUAAUCAUUGUUUCAUUAACUGUAAUAAAGUGAUGGUGGAUAAUGUU